AUGAAUGAUAAUCAAGUCAAGCAAGAUGAGCAUCAGAAACUAUUGAUGAUGCAAGCAGAUGAGGCUCGAAAGACUGGCAAUAUUCAUAUAUCCUUUCGACAUCAUAUUCAACUAGCUGGUCAAGUCUUGGCUCGAUUGGAAGAAAGAACGGAUCGUUUAUAUGAAACUGGAACCAGUCAACAGCAGACAUUAACAUUGAUGAAUAAUCUGGAUUCACAAAUAGCAGAAAUCUACAAAGACUUGCAACUGGCUGUUAGCACUCCAGAAUCAACAGCAUCAAAAGACUGCAGGUCUGGAUUUACAACUGACAUGUUGGUUCCUAUGUUGCCAUUAUCUCCACUUACAAAACGAUUGGCAUUGUCUGCACAACUGUACCAUCAUGCAGACUCUCAAUACAAACAGUCUGUCGCUCCAUCUUCUGCAACUAUUCUACCUCCAGCACCAUUGGCGUCUGUUCGUCGCAUGCUCGAGGAUGUCAAUAUUGGACGUGAUAAACUCCAGCAAUUGCAGUCACUGAUGGAUUCUGUAGCUACUGUUCCAAUCACUGCCUUCUCUCCUGCUACUCUCUCUCUUCAUAUGGCAUUUAUAAGUGUUGAAUUGUUUUCGAAAAUUCCAAUCUUUCUAGAAUUACAGUCUGUUGCUGGUCCUGAAUCUGUCAAGGAGUUUACGCGACGAUCCAUGGAUUGGCAUCAGUACAUCUGCCAUUUGGCUAUAUCUGCCAUUGUCCUGUCUACUCCAGAAUCUAUUUUUGGAAAUCAGACAAGAUCAAAUUCUGGUCAUACUUUGCCUCCCACUGCCGAUCAUGCUCGUGCAGCUGCCAUUGAAACUAUUGUUACCACCAUGUGUUAUUCCACCUAUGUUUACCGGGAUUUAGAAACUGCUACGGCUUUAUUAGAAGCUUUGCAAUCUAAACCUAUUCUUUGUUUAAAAUCAUCUUGGGCAUUGUUAAAAAAACAGGUGAUGGAUCAGUACAUGCACAUGUCUGAUCUGCUGCACCAUGAUGGGCUCAUGGAACUCACUACAGAGAUUGUCAUAUCACAUCAGCAGCGUAGUGGUAUACAUGCUAUUGAUGGAAAUAGUUCUGCAAACAAUGUGUCUGUGAUUGUCGUGCCAUGCAUGCAUUAUCUUGUUGAAAAUUUGAUUGAAAUACGAAAUGAGUUUGGCACAGAUUCGUCAGCUAUGCCCAAAUUGUCACACAUUGGAUCACAGAGACUUGAAAACAUGAUCAAUUUAGCAAAUGCAUGUCAAUCCAAUUCGUUGUAUUUGAAUCUUCAACAACCAAGUCUUUUAGUAAAAGACACGCUUACAGCUACUGGCGUGACUGGAUCUGCAAGUAGUGCAGUUUAUAAAAUGGAUCUUUCUAUGCCAUCCGCACCUGUAUUUCUUUCUGGUAUUUGCGCAUCCAAUGAAACACUUUUGCAUUGGUUGCUGACAAGGGUAUAUCAUGAUAUGUCAGCAUUGGAUGCACAGAGUCGACGAUGCUGUUCGGAUCCUACCGACUUUGAUCAUCGUGGUGGCGGCCAAUCACCUACAUUAUGGACUCAAAUUGCCUAUGCUCAUCAACAACUAGCUAAAAUGAAACAGCAGCAUUGUAUUGCAGAAAACGAGCAGCGCAAUGCACGACUACAAUCUCAGAAUCAAAAAAAAAAUGAUUCAGCUUCAUCUAUAAAUGCUGAUUGGACCAAACCAAAUCAUGAAUUAAAUGUCGAUGCUAAAGAAAAUCAAGUGGUUGAUGAAGUAGAUCAUGCGGCACGAAUCGCUUCGAUGUUGGACAAUCUUCCACACUCCAUGACAACUACAGAGCAGACCAGCAAUGCAUUUGAUUCGUCGCUUCUAGAUCGGUUCUCCAAACUUGGUAAAAAAUAG